UGCGAUGUCGCCGCCAAGCCGUUGAAAUCAUCGAGCCUUGGCAGUCACAUAUAAGGCAGACGUUCGCUCGUCUUGCUGUCAAAUUCGAAGCGGUGCAACACUCCAAUCCAGUGUUUUGCGAAGAAACCGCGAUCGCCACAGCUCGGACCUCAUCGUGCACCCAAAUGAUCCUCGACUAGGACUAGCUCUUGUCACACCUGACUGAACGUGCACCGCAUCAGCGCUCAUCGAGAGUCUGUCCUGGCUUACAACAUGUCGAAACGCUCUUCUCUGCCUUCACUUGUCACAGGCACGAGCUUGCCUACUUCUCAAGAGAUGACUUCCUCGCCUUCUACAGCGUCACAUACACGUACACCAACAGCUACAAGCUCACUGAUGGGCCAUUCUCGCUCCGGCAGUCUCGCACCGCCGCCCGUCCUGAUCUUGACGCCCUCACCUGAUGUAGGAAAAUCAAGCGGCGAUGCCAACAUGUCAUCGCCACCCGAUCGGGUAAUCUCACAGCCAGAUUCGGAUGAGGAGGAUGAUAGCCCACAAGACGACACAGAGGAUGUCUUUGUCGCUAGACGCGGUUCCGACGCGCCCUCGAGCGCAGGAGCUGGCAUGCCUUCGCUGCUAGGAAGCAGUCUCAAUCUGAGCACACAGGGCGAGCAUUCUGUGCCGCCUUCGCCUUCGUCCAGCACCACGCCGUUUGUCGCUCAGAGCUCGCUCGCGCUACGUCGAAACGAUGAUCCGGAUGGUCAGAUGCGCGCCAAAGAGAAAGAGAAAGAAGCCCUUAAAGCGCAUCAUCGCGCGUUCGGGGCCAGACAGUCGCUGAGCGCAGACGAUGCGCUCUCUCCUAGCCCUGUCUUGAUCGCUGGCAAUCAAUCUCGACAUAUUCGCAAGACCAGUGGCGUCAGCAUUACUUCAGUCCUCAGCUCUACCGAGACUGUACCCGACCGUGCCUCAGAUCUUUCUGGCUCGCCUAUCUCUAUCAAGGGCGAAUUGCCAGCAAAGCACGAAGAUGCAACAACAGAAAAGGCGCUCGAGCGUCGUGCUACCUCAAGGUCCGCUGUCCAAGCAAAUGGCUUGGCUCGCUUGCCUGUCGUGGGGCGUCUCUUCGCUCGCAAGACUUCCGUAGACGAAACAGAAGAGCCAUCAGAGAAGAAGUCAGGCCUCGUUGUGCCGGAGCUGCCUGAUCCCUCGCCGGCAGAAAUGGGACCUUUCACAAUCCCGCCUUCAAAACUGGCUCAUAUCUUCGAUCCAAAAUCCGUCGAUGAGCUGGCCGCUCUUGGAGGCUCUGAUGCCUUGUUGCAAUCCCUUCAUUCGGACCAGAAGAACGGACUUGUGGCUGACGCAGACGGUGGCGGCAGAGUGCCAGGCGCAAGCAUUGCAGAUCGUCAGCGCAUCUUCGGUGCCAAUAAGCUACCAACGCGACAGUCUAAGAGUCUAUUGAAGCUCAUGUGGCUUGCAAUGCAAGACAAAGUCUUGAUCAUCUUGAGCAUCGCUGCCGUAGUCUCGUUAGCCCUAGGUCUGUAUCAAGAUCUCGGUACGCCUGCAGAGGUUGUACCCUGUCCGACCGGCAGCCCUGCGGGUCAGGUCUGCACGGCACCUCAGGUGGAUUAUGUCGAAGGUGUCGCCAUUAUUGCGGCCAUCCUCAUCGUAGUCAUCAUUGGCAGCGUCAACGACUAUCAGAAGGAGCGACAAUUCAGACGUCUCAAUGCUCAGAAGGAGGAUCGUAAUGUCAAAGCCAUACGUUCCGGCGCCGAGCAAUUGGUGAACGUGCACGAUGUGGUCGCUGGUGACAUACUCCUGCUUGAGCCUGGCGAGAUCCUACCUGUCGACGGCAUCUUCCUUGAAGGUCACAACGUCAAAUGUGACGAGUCCUCAGCGACGGGCGAAUCUGACGCCAUCAAAAAGGACAGCUAUAACAACCUCGUAGAGCGGCGGAGAGGCAAAGGUAGCAGCGCGACAGGGAAAGAUGAUUGCUUCCUGCUCAGUGGCAGUAAGGUCGUUGAGGGUCAGGGUCGCUACCUUGUCGCCAGCGUCGGUCAGCAUUCCUUCAAUGGAAAGAUCAUGAUGUCUUUGCAAGGCGAGAGCGAGAAUACGCCCCUGCAACUCAAGCUGAACAGACUGGCCGAGCUCAUCGCUAAGCUUGGCUCAGCCGCCGGUCUGCUACUCUUUGGCGUCCUUAUGAUUCGUUUCUUCGUUCAGCUAUCCACGAAUCCCAACAGGACGCCGGACCAGAAAGGCCAGAGCUUCAUACAAAUUCUCAUUAUCGCAGUCACUGUCGUUGUCGUGGCCGUGCCUGAAGGCCUUCCUCUCGCAGUGACCCUCGCGCUUGCGUUUGCUACACGCAGGAUGACGAAAGAAAAUCUUCUCGUGCGAGUCCUUGGCUCGUGCGAAACUAUGGCGAACGCGACAGUCAUUUGCACCGAUAAGACCGGCACGCUCACUCAGAACAAAAUGACAGUAGUCGCAGGGUCGCUCGGCGUGCAUCUGAAAUUCGCUCAUCGUCUGGCCAACGAAGAUCUCAAGGACGGCGUUGGCUCACCGAAACCAAAUGACACCGAGCUGAAUACGAACGGUACUGUCGACGAAUCCGUGGCAGCUGUGCCGUCUUCAGAUCGCUCUUUUGACAUAAGCGAUCUUAAGCGAGAGCUACCCCGGCCAGUUCAGGAUCUGAUCAACUCCUCUGUGGCGAUCAAUACGACUGCUUUCGAAGGCCGCGAUGAGCACGGCGAAGAAGGGUUUGUCGGCUCAAAGACAGAAGUCGCAAUGCUUCUCUUCGCUAUGCAGCAAGAGUGGCCGCACUACCGACAGCUCCGAGAAGAGGCCAAAAUCAUGCAGCUCUACCCAUUCUCAUCCGAGCGCAAAGCGAUGGGCGUGGUCGUUGCGCUUGCUACCGGCGGCUAUCGAUUCUAUAUCAAAGGCGCUAGCGAGAUCGUGACGGCUCGCUGCGCAUCUGCGAUAGUCGCUGACCAAAGCAGCGAUCACGUGCAAACAAAUCCGCUCACAAGAGCCCAGAAAGCUAAUCUGGACCGCACUAUUAUGGCAUACGCCAAUUCGUCGCUGCGCACAAUCGCAAUGGCUUACAAAGACUUCGAACAAUGGCCGCCCGCUAGCCUAGCGACGGCUGAAGAUGGUAGCGUCGAAUACAAAUCACUGGCAAAUGAUCUCGUCUUCGUCGGCAUCGUUGGCUUGGCCGACCCAUUGCGCGAAGGAGUUACGGACGCAGUAGCUCAGGCCAUCAAAGCUGGCGUCUCGAUCAAGAUGGUCACUGGCGACAACCCUAUCACAGCUCGCGCUAUCGCUCAACAGUGCGGCAUCCUGCAGCCCGGUGGCGUCAUUAUGGACGGACCUGCCUUCCGAAAGCUGAGCGAAAAGGAUAUGUUUGACAUCGCGCCUCGGUUACAAGUCCUUGCUCGAUCGUCACCCACGGAUAAGCAAAGGCUCGUUGAGCACCUCAAAGCCUGUGGCGAGGUCGUAGGCGUCACUGGCGACGGUCUCAACGACGGUCCUGCACUCAAGAGUGCCAAUGUUGGGUUCUCGAUGGGCAUCGCUGGCACAGAAGUUGCGAAAGAAGCAUCUGAUAUCAUAUUGAUGGAUGACAACUUUGCGAGCAUCGUAACCGCCAUCAUGUGGGGUCGCUGUGUCAAUGACGCCGUUCGCAAAUUCCUGCAAUUUCAGAUCUCGGUCAACAUUGUGGCCGUCUUACUCACCUUCAUCAGUGCCGUAGCGUCGUCAGAGGAGCGUAGUGUUCUGACGGCCGUGCAACUACUCUGGGUCAACCUCAUCAUGGACACCUUUGCAGCACUCGCACUCGCUACUGAUCCAGCUACACCCGAGUCACUCAACCGCAAGCCGGAUCCAAAGACGGCGCCGCUCAUCAACGUGCGCAUGUGGCGCUUGAUCAUCGCGCAGAGCAUCUAUCAGCUUGUCACCACGCUUGUCCUUCAUUUUGCAGGCAAUGCUAUCUUUGGCAAUCAUGCUCCCGGCACAGACAUGGCAACACGCGAUGCGCAAGACUCUGAGCUUAAUUCGCUUGUCUUCAAUACCUUCGUCUUCUGUCAAAUCUUCAAUCAGCUCAAUGCAAGGCGGUUAGACGACGGCCAGAACAUAUUUGCUGGCGUGUUUCGCAAUAUAUGGUUCCUGCUCAUCUUCAGCAUCAUGGUCGGCGGUCAGAUUCUGAUCAUUUUCGUCGGUGGCGCGGCCUUCUCUGUCACCCGGAUCAGUGGACGUGACUGGGCUAUCUCCAUCAUCCUUGGCGCGCUAUGUCUUCCGUUGGGCGCAGCGAUUAGAUUCAUUCCAGCGGACUGGCUCGAGGGUGUCUUCAUCAAGUGUCUCAUUCUGUCCGACCCCCAUGCUCUGCCGACAGCGACGCAGAACGCUCAAGAUCGGGAAGAUUAUGGCGAGGGUAUCAACCGUAUUCGGGACAAUCUCGCUACUUUUGGCCAGAUCAGAGGCGGCCGCAUGCGUAGCUCUUCGCUUGUUCUCAAGAGUCGCUCGAAGCAGCUUGAAGAGGCUCAGAUACAUCCAGGCGCUCUCGGCGUAAUGGUGGGCGGACUCGUGCUCGCGACCGUCGGCGUAGGAUGGCAGCCCCAAAGCAAGACU